AAAAAAAUAAAAACAGUUCACACAUAUUGAUCUGUCUUCGUCCAUUGGACAAGUCUUCUUGUCCAAAGCUUAGCUCUCCGUAAGAACUCAACUUCUUGGCUUUUCAUCCCACACCAAAAGGACUGAGGUGUAAGAGACUUUAAAAGAUUAUGGAUGCGAUAAAUAAAUCUUCUGAAUUCUAUCCGUCCGAGCAAUCGUCUGGAUCAAACUAUAUUUUUGAAGAUCCUGAACUGUUUCCUCGAGUUGGAGCUGAGUACCAGGCAGAAAUCCCUCUUCUUCGGGACAAGUGUGGCUAUAGGCAGCUUGGAAGUGAAUCAUCAUGCAACAUGAGCAUCAAACUGGACAUUUCAAAUUCUUACCCAAUGGGUUUACCUAUUCCAGUCAUGUGGAUAUAUGAUAAGGAAGACAAAAUUGGCGAGCCUAAGGAAGGUUCUGAUAAUAAUGUAGUUGCAAGCAAUGGAGAUGGCUCUUUAAGAUCUGAAGGCAGCUGCUCUCUUGUUCCAGGCUUACCCAAUGAAGAUUGGAGUGGCCUUGAAUGUUCUAGCUUCCUCCUUGGCUUGUAUAUUUUUGGGAAAAACCUCUCUCUUAUUAGUAGGUUUAUGGGGAGUAAAAAGAUUGGAGACAUAUUGCCAUACUACUAUGGGAAGUUUUACAGAUCUAGAGAUUAUCGGAGAUGGUCAGGUUGUCGCAAGAUCAAAGGGAGGCGGUGCAUAUAUGGUGAAAGGAUUUUCAUGGGCUGGAGGCAGCAGGAGCUCAUGUCACGGUUAUCUUCCCAUGUCUCGGAGGACUCUUAUUACAUGUUGACCGAGAUAUCUAAAUUGUUCGGAGAUGGAAAGAUGACACUUGAAGAGUAUGUAUUCGAUUUGAAAGACAAGGCCGGGAUCACCAACUUAGUAGAAGCUGUUGCCCUGGGAAAAGGUAAAAAGGAUCUUACCGGAACUGCUUUGGAGUCAACAAAAACCAAUCACUCCUUACAUGUCCGUGCUGAAGUUCCUGUAGGCAAAGCAUGCUCUUCUCUAUCAUCAAGUGAAAUUGUCAAAAUUUUGACCGGUGAUUUUCGCCUUAGCAAAGCUCGUUCGAACGAUCUUUUCUGGGAAGCUGUUUGGCCACGGCUCUUAGCACGGGGGUGGCAUUCGGAGCAGCCUAGUGACGUUGUAUAUGCUGGUGCAAAGCAAUCUUUGGUGUUUCUUGUACCGGGCGUCAAAAAAUUCUCAAGAAGAUUAGAGAAAGGAACCCACUUCUUUGAUUCAGUUACUGAUGUUUUGAACAGAGUUGCCUCAGCACCUAGCCUUCUUGAACUUGAUGAAAAUGCAGUCACUGGUGGCAGUCUGAAUGAGAAGAAAUCCUCGACAGAUUCCGAGGUUGGAGAGGACCCGGAACUUUCUGUGAGUCCGCGACGCCAUUCUUACCUCCAACCACGGAGUUCAGCUCACAAACAGCAUCCAGUGACAUUUACAGUUGUUGACACCAGCUUGUACACCGGGGAAGGAAAAGUUAGAGUAAGGGAGGUGAGAAGUUUCCCACUUGUCCCUCUUCCUCCUUGUGGUCCUCUGAGUGUAGAGAGUAGUUCCGACAGUGUGGAAGGAGAUGAGAUUGAACCAUAUGGCGUACCAAAUGAUAAACACCUAGCCUUCUUCAACACUCAACUUAAAGAAGUCAGCACGAUAAACACUCAGCUGUCUAGUGAUCCAUGUCAAAAGAAGAUCAAAGAAGAAGUAAGCAGUAGUGGUAACAAUGUCUGCAAAGUGACACCUUCUAGGAGGCUAUCUCUGAAUAUGCAGUCUAGCGAAGACAUGAUGAAACCCAAUGAGGUGCCAAAUUUAGCAUCCAUUUCUAAACACACAACAACAUCCUCCACCAACUACAAAGAGUUGAGCCAUAAUACUCAAAGCACGGUGAUAAACGGAUUGAUGACUGAGGGAGGUUCAAGUUUUCAAGAUACCUGUCAAAUUCUUUCUAGCGGUGAAAGAAAUGGAAUUGAGAACAAUAAUGGGUCUGGGCAAUCAGUUGAGAACUCCUGUCCAUCUCACCUGCAAUCUGAAGUGUUAGAAUCUACAAGUAUUACUACUGUCAAGGAACCGGUCGUUACAAGCAGGAGGCAGAGCACCAGAAGCAGGCCAAGUGCAAAAGUGUUAGAGGCAUUUGCGUAUGGGUUCCUAGGGACAAGCAACAAAAGAAAAGGAAGUGAUAAUUCGACCUCAACAGCUUCUAGGCGAAUUCGCAGGAAGAACACAAAUCUGAUUCCUUUACACAAUGUGGCUGUAGAUAAUGAAAGUUCUGUGUGCCACGAGGAAGAAAAUUAGUCUGUAAGCUUGUAUAUCACUUGUUUCAGGUGAUGCAUUCAGAUAAUAUAAGACAAUGAAAAUGGCCACCAGAGACCAGUAUUGGUAACGUUCGACUUAUAUGGAACUGUGAAGAUAUAAAUUUAGUAACUGUGUUUGUUUUCAUUCCAAGUUUAAGCAUGAAAAGUGGGAACCAAUGCAUUUAUAGAUUUAUUGUUCUCUUUAGCAGUAAUAAAUCUAGCUCUGAGUG